AUGAAUCGACCAAGGACAAGUGGAACUAUGACUCCGCCGGUCUCUCUUGCUUCUAUCGAUAACGAAAUAGACCCCAAAGUUUUCUUGGCGCGAUAUGAUGACUGGCCUCUCAAGAAUGUAAUCCUAAAGCGCAUCACAGAUGGAUUUUUAACGACGUUUCAACUGCAAUAG